UUUGCACUUUACGUAACUCCCUUAAAAUAUACUAUUACAGGUGACGUGAUGCCUCAGAAUGGUAUGAACUAUGAGGGCAGAAGAAGAGGAACACGUUACAAUUCCUGUAAAGUCAACGGUCAGGUCCAUGGCCAGGUCUCAGGCACUGAUUUGGUUAACGGAGCCCUGGCUUACAAUGGCUUCCCAGCUGCUGCCACUUGGACCAGUGAUAGGCCACCGCAUGGUAUGGAGAAUGGUAUCAGACCUCAGUGUGGGCUUAAUGGUUAUAUCAGCCAUGGGUACAAGGACCAGAGUAGAAAAGCAGUGCCACCGAGGACAAUCAGGAAACAAGGAAGCACAAUUUCAACUGUCACUGGUGCCUCAGCAUCUGGCAGGGUCAUCAUUGCAGGUAUUCCAGAUGGUAUCUCAGUGAACGGGGGCGCAAAGUCUGUGCCCUGUGAUUCUGACCAAAUGACGCCACAGCCGAACUUCCCAGCCAAAGCAAGGAACCAGAGACCAAGGAAGAAAUUCAAACAUACCAAGAGAAAUACUGAAGUUACCUGUCCGGAGAUGCCCCCACCCACACCCCCACCGAUGAUGCCUGAAGAGGAGGAAGACUGGGAGAAGGAGAUCCAGGAGGUCACGCUGAGCGGCUGGGAAGAAAUGUGUUUUGGGAAUUGUCCCUAUGGUCCAGAAGAUCUGCUUGAUUUUUCUCUGCGGGAUUUGACACUGAAGCAACGGGACACAGUCCCCCCGUCGGUGACAGCCAACUACAGUCCAGCAGCACAUCACCGACGCCCGGUCCGAUGGUCCUGCUACAGAAUCCCUUCUGAUCCAGACCAGUUUGUGGACGCUGACGAGUAAGCCAGACACAUGUUAUGUUCGAGGAAUUUAACCAUGUAGAACUUUUUUUUUAGUCCGUCUUUUUUCUGCACAUAAAACAUCAAUAGAAUAAAUCAACUUUGAUAUGUAGUCUAGUUUACUGCAAUGCAGCGUUUAGCUUAUCAAAUAGUUUAAUGUUAUCAUAUGUCAAGUCUUCUUUGCAGUCAUGUUGGUUUUUUAUUGUAGCUUUUAUUUGGAAUUUAUUCAGAUUUUAUAUCCGUUACAUAUUGCAAAAUUUUAAUUCGUUGAGCUUCUUUGAUCUUAAGGAAUGAUUUUAGCAAUCUCCUUUAUAUUUCUGUUGCAGCACUUCAGUGAAUGUUUAUGAAGAUGCUUCUGUUGUUUUUUCCAUUUCAUACCUAAAUGAUUUCAAUAGUCAUCAAAAAAAUUAUUGCUUUUAUCUGAUUUUCUUUUUUCUUUUAGAAAAACACUUUUGUCAUCUUUGAGCCAAACUUUUAAUUCUAUUGUUUAUCAACUGCAAAAGUUCAAAACAAGCACAUGAAGCAGCUUUUUUUAAUUUGGCAAAGACAGCCAAACAAGAUUAUGGUUUGAUUUUGUAUCAGCAAAAACAUAAAGUUACCUGAUAAUGUUCAACUAUUCAUUUUCAAAAGCACAAUAAAUUCAAUUUUCUUCUG